AUGGGGAUCCCAGGGGCAUUCACUGUAGCUGCCCAGUCCUUCGUGUAUCGUGUGGCCAUGCCCAGCCUGGACCUGGUGCACAAGAUGCGGGGCAAGGAGGCAGCAGGACCCGAGGACAAAGCGGUGUGUGCUGCUGCCAGCAAGGUGCCCAAGAGGCAGGUCCUUCAUCCUCUCUGUCAUCCCUUCACGGGGCAACGCUCCCGAGCACAGCGCCCUCAGUACCACACACACGUGGAAAAUGUUGGAGCAGCAUAG